UCAGAAUAUAGAAAUGGAAAGAACAACAGCAGUGUUUUUACUUUUAUUAUGUCAUUUUGGAAUCUCCUCUCAGACAUGUAAAGAAUGUGAAUGCUGUGAUGGAGAUACAGACAAACAAUGUAUCAAUGGAUGUAUAGCAGGAUAUUGGGGAGAUAGAUGUACAGAAUCGUGUCGAGUAAAUUGUAAGACCUGCGUUAGUGACAUCACUUGUACAGAAUGUCACCCUGGAUAUUACAGUGCCAAGUGUGCAUUUGAAUGUGGGAAAGGAUGUGUCAACAAUACUUGCUUACAAUCAGGAGCGUGUACUUGUAAAUCAAAUAAUUUUAAAGAAGGUAUAUGUAGCAGUUGUGCAAAUAGUAAGUAUGGCGAUGAAUGUAAUUACACUUGUCCAAUUAACUGUGGUGCUUGUCAGUCACAAACAGAAUGUAGAUGGUGCAAAAAUAACGCAUUUUACGGCUCAGUCUGUCAGUUUAGAUGUUCUGUAGGAUGCAACAUCGGAAGCUGUUAUAAGGAUGGUAAUUGUUAUAAAGGAUGCAAGGGAAGCAAGUGUGAUUCGUGUGUGUCAGGAAAUCACGGACAAAACUGUGAUUUAGAAUGUCCAGGUAAUUGCAUAUCUUGUUUAUCAAACUCAAAGUGCACUGAAUGUAAACUAGGUUAUUACGGUGAAAAGUGUACUGAUUUAUGCUCACCAAGUUGUUAUGGAGUAUGUUCAAUUGCCAGUGGUCAAUGUCUGAAAUGUAAACAAGGAUUCUAUGGAGAUUUCUGCAAUAACACAAAAACAUGUGAAGAUGGAUUUUAUGGAAAAAACUGUUCAAACGUAUGCAGGAAUGCAGAUCUGUUAUGUCUUAAGUGUUUAACAGAUGAAUCAGGUAUAUAUGGGGGCUGUAUAAAAUGUGCCAGAGGAUAUCACCUAACUGUUCCCUUUGGCGGUACUCAGAGCUUCUGCAGACCAUGUCCUGAAAAGUGCAAAGACAAGGUGUGUAAUUCAACUGGAAUUUGUACAAAUGGGUGUUUACUUGGCAAGUGGGGAGACACAUGCAAUUUUGACUGUGAAUCAAACUGUUUAGAGUGCAAUCAGAGUAAUGGAAAAUGUAUCAAAUGCAAUAACGGAAAGUAUUCAGAGAAUUGUUCACAAUUAUGUAGCACCAGCUGCAGGUCUGUUGAUAGUAAACAAAUAUGUGAAUUUCACACUGGUGAAUGUCUCAAUGGGUGUAGUUCAUAUAGAAAAUUUGGAAACUAUUGCGAACACUAUUGUAGUGAAACAUGCAGCAAUCUAACAUGCAACUGGAAAACGGGUCUUUGCUCAAACGGAUGUGUGGAAAAUUAUUACGGCCUAUUUUGUGGCAAUAAAUGUGCAUCUACUUGUAAAGCAGUUGAACAGAAACGUUCGUGCAACGAAUCUACUGGGCACUGUGUUUCUGGAUGUGUUGAUGGAUUUCAUGGGAACAUGUGCGAAAGUAUUUGCAGCGACAAAUGUGCAAAUAAUACCUGUCAUCAGGUCACCGCGGAAUGUUUGUAUGGCUGCAUUGAUGGUUACAAUGGGUUGCAAUGUACACAAGCAACGACCCACAUUCAAGAAUGUAUUACCACUGGAGAACUGAUAGGGAUAGUAUUUGGAUCAGUGCUGUUUGGUAUACUUAUUGGAGGGGCGUUAACAGUAGUCUUCAUUAUAUGGAAACGAAGGAACACCAGAAAAGGAGGCGAAAGCAAUCAACAGACAGAUGGAAACUAUGAGAAUAAUAUCCCGGUGACAUAUGAAGAUUUAAAAGAACGUGAUGAGAGGACAUACAGUCAGGUAGCUUCAGAUCGACAUUUGCCUCCACAAGAGUCAGAAUAUGUGAAUUGUUGAAUCCAUUUACUAAGACCGACAAUUUCAGCCUUUGAUUUCUUCCACCAUGUCAAUACAAAUGUACCACAAUCUGAUAUAUCUUAUUAUAAUGAUAUUUUGAAAUGAUGCUACAGUCAAUGUAUACAUACUUCAUUGGAAGGUUACAGAGUCACAGGUUACAAGUGCGAAAUUAUUCUUUUUGCAAGAGGCCUCACAUUAAAUAAUAUCCAUAUACAAAUGCACAUCUAGUUUAAAAUGUGUUUCUAUGUAAGCUGGAAUACGCUUUAAAUUAACUUUGUGCAGCUUUAAAAGCAAAGGAUAACAGUCAGGAUGAUCCUUAGAAUGUGGACAUUUAAUUCUUCCUCGGUUCACUCAACAGAAGGCGUGAAGUUUAAAGUACGUUCUAUUUAAGGCCAACAAAUGCAAUCAUUAUUAUCAGUCUCAAUAUCAUGACAUAUCAGCUUCAGGUAUAUUUAAAAGAAGUGAUGAUAAACACUUUUGUCUUGUAUCACUUUUGUAGAAGUAAUUCAAAUGUAUCAUUUACGUUGUCUUUUAUGUUAUUGUCGUUCUUAGAAAAUUGUUUUGGUGCACAAUUUAUUUCGAAAUAUUAUGUAGGUAUAUUUAUAAUGUUCAUGUAUUUCACAACGGAGUUGCAAGUAUCAUUUAUAUGAAAUUUAUCGAUAGUUUCGAAAUUUUAUCAGUUUUCGUAGUUUUUAUUAAUACAGACGUUUCUUCAUAAUAAUCAUGCUUUGUAACUGAAUCCAAAUAUGUACCGAACAUAUAAAGACUAAUAAAAUGUUCGAAGUAAGAAAAUAGUUUAUAUAAAUAGUCACAACACUAAGGUUACAUUAUUUGCCACAUUUUACGGUCGGCACUAUUCAAUUCAAAAUACAAAAUUCUGUAACAAAGACUUUUGAAAGUACUUUCUUGCGGAAUGAGAUAUCAAACAAAAAUUUGAUGUAUAUAUAUAUAUAUUUAUCUGUUAAAUAUACAACAUGAAUCAGUUUUUAUUUUACAUUAGUUAUAAAAUAUUAUAUAUUUAUUAACAGACAAAGAGACAACAGAAAUUGUAUAAACAUUGACGGUAAUAACAAACACUGACUAUGGACUAGUCUGGAAAUCCAGUCUGACAUUUUCAUUUUUUUCUAUCUGCAAUUCGACAGAAACUCGGUAAAUGCCAAUUAACACUACUUUGCGCAAAAUUAGUGGGAGUUUUAAUGCAUAGUUAUUAGAUACCAUUUCUUCUUACAAAGCACAAUUUAUCAAAGAUAUUAGGUAUGAUUUCUUCUAACAAAGCACGAAUUAUCAAUGUUGACGCCAAUGACAUAAAUACCCUAUAAUGAUAUAUUAUUAGGAUGGAACAUUAACUUGCACUUCUUUACAUCUUGCUUGUUUGUGGCUGGUUUGAAUGAGAACUAGUCCAGGAAACGAAAGUACCUAAGUUUUUAUUACGCGGUUGUUUAUUUCUUUCUACUAUUAUGUUUCAGCAAUAACUGAUAUGUACGAUCAGAAUCAUGUAUUAUUUGAAGUUUCUGUAUUGUUUCUAAGUAUAAAUCUGAUGAAUAUUAAACAAUGCAUUGAAUGUCAAGUUAUAAAACUUCAGUAGUGCAGAGACAUUGAUUUAUUUACAUUUCCUCAUGAUCUUAUGGUUAUUUUAUAAAAUCACAUUAUCCAAACAAGGAAAAUGAAGCCACGAGUAAUUGUCUUUUCGCUUCAUGGUAUUUUAUUUCAUUGACUUCAAUUGAAAGGCGAUUUUGUAAGUCUGUCUGAGAAACAGUCUUUCACACGGGCAUAUUAAUUCACAUAAAAUAGAUAAAUGAAAAAAGAGUACUAAACUGUAAUACAGUUAUUACAAAGGAGGUGUUUAAGAUAUCUUCUUUAAAGCUCACAUCGUUGAGGUCGAAAUAUACUUUAUGACCAUUUUAGAUGUAGCUGGUUGUCUAUUUAGCUAGCUUUAUAAGGAAGUUGAAGGUUCACGUACCAGUUGAUUCAUGACAGUAUCUUUACAAUCUUUAGUUUCUAGAUUGUGUUUCAUUGAAUGGAUGAUCAGGCACACAUUAACUUAACAACCUUACCAUGUACAGGAGUAUUCAAAUAAAAUCUUAUUCACUUAUACUUUGCACAGGUACUUUUAUGUAUAAAAACGCACUAAUCCAUCUGUAAUUCUUUUAACUAAUGAAUGUCUCACUUUAGCAAUUAUGUUUACAUUAUUUAUUCAGUAAAUAAAGGUGUAUUAUUUCAUCAAAUGAUAUCCACCUAAAGGUGAACGAAAAAAUAAUAUAAUAAAUAAUAUAUUAAGUAGUAAAAUUGCCACCUAAUGAUACUUAAGUAAACUUUUCAUGGACUUUUGGAUGCGUAAACAGCUGACUAGCCUAGAACAUUGAUUCUAAGUUAUAGUCCAACAUUGUGACAUGUGUCUGUUUAUGUUACGACAUCCUUACAGCUAACUCGGUAAUUGCGGAACAAAACUGAAUAACAUAACAACAGACUUAAUAAAUCGCGCAAAACAAUAACCGUUUUAGAGUCAAAACUGCUUGAAAGUGUUAACGAUUGAAAUAGAGAUCGGUUUACGCAAAAAUAACGCUUUAGGAUAAUCGCAUAACUAUCGUCGUCUGCUUUUUGCAUUCAUCCGCACACAUUUCUAUUUCAUUACUUCUUAACGUCUGAGUCAUUUACGUUUUUUGUUGCAAUAUUUUUGGAAAAUAUCUAAUAUUGUACAAGUGUAUUUUAAAUAGAAAGAUAACAU